AUGGGCCGACUGACGCCGGUGCUGGAGGGCGGCCGUGCCGCUGUUGGGGUUGAGGUCGAGGAGGCCCUCUUCGUCGCCGCUGCGGUGGUGGAGGGCGCAGACGCGGGAUCUGAGGCCGAGGAAUUUGACAGGGCGGAAAAACAUGAGGCCUGUGGGUCUCCGCAGCCAUUGCGGCAGCGGCAAUCUGACUGGCAGGAUGUCUGGGCGGCAUUUGCCUUCCUCCUCACCGUCGGCGUGAGUGUGGCGUGGGGCGUGGUGUUUACGCUCGCCGGCGGACUCACCGGGAGCCUCCGGCAGUUCACCCUGCAGCUGGGGGAGGGCGUCUGCGGCGGCGCCGCACCGGCCCACGUCGUCGCUGGGGCGGCUCUGGGGAUUUCGAGCGCCGGUGGCUGCGCGGUGGUGUCGGUGCUGCUCUUGCAGCGCGCACCGUUUGCCGCCAUUGUGCUGAGCAUCCUCCUCCUCUUCGUCGCGCUGCUGCUACUCUCGGCGAUGGCCUUUCACCAGGCAGCCUCCCUCACCGGUGCCACGCUGGCGCUGCUGGCUGUGCUGCAGAUCUGCUGGCUGUGCGCCGUACGGAGUCGCAUCGCGUUCUCCGCCCACCUUCUCGCCGCCGCGUCUGCCGUCACACAGCAGUUUCCCGCCCUGUUUCUCAUCCCCGCCCUGCUGACGGUUGCCUUCUGCGGGUACCUGCUCUGGGGUCUGCUGGUUUUGUACUCCGCCGCCAAACGCAUGCAGUGCGGCGACUUUGCCUGGGCGGAUGGCGUCUUUGCGGCGGUCUUCGCCUUUUCCCUCGCGUGGGUCGCAAACUUCCUCUCGGGUGUCUCGCGUGUCACCACGGCGGGGGUUGUGGGGACGUGGUACUUCGCCGGCAGCGAGCAAAUGCCGCCGACGCCGACGUGGGCCUCGUUUGCGCGGGCCACGACGACCAGCUUUGGCUCCGUCUGCCUGGGUGCCCUGCUGAACACCGUGGUCCAAUUGCUGGGCUGGGCGUGUCGCCUGGGCCUGGACUCCGGCAGCGAGUUCGUUGACUGCUGCAUGGCCUGCGUGCAGAGCCUGCUUGGCGACUUUGUCGCCUACUGCAACUCUUACGCCUACGUGGAGGUGGGCAUAUACGGCUGCAGCUACGCGGCUGCCGCGAGGCGCACGUGGCGACUCGGCCAGAACUGCGCCUGCCCCGCCGCCUACAACGACGUCCUCGUGAGCGGCACGCUGCGGGUGUUGGCGGUUUGUCUCGCCGGCGUCGUAGCCGCCGCCGCCGCCGCCGCGUGCCCCGGGCGUUCCGCGACUGUGGGGUCUAUUGUGUUUGUCACGGUUCUGCUCCCCCUCAACAGCCUGCUCCGCGUCGUCUCUGGGGUCGUGCGCACCCUUUUUGUCUGCUUUGCGGAGCUGCCGGACGGGCUCGCGGCGUCCUUCCCGGCCCUGCACGCGGCACUGAUUGCCAGCGACGACAACUUCGCCGCAGUCCACGCCCACCAGCGCGGCGCCGUUCCGGUCUGA